AUGGCUUCCCUUGAAAACUACUAUGCUGCUAUUACACCCUUAAAGGAAGUUCCAGUUGUCAGGCAUUUGGUAACACAUGGAGACAGUACUUGGCCUGUGCAAAUUAUAAGAAAGGGUAUGGCAUAUGCAUUCAAGGAUGACUUUGUUCCACUGUACUCCACUGUUAGCAGUGCAAUCAUUGAGAGCAAUGCCCCCUUUAAUAUGUACCUGACCAGAGGUGCAAGUCUGAGCCCAGAUCAGAGUAUGUCAAAAAGGAAGAAAAAACAGAGACGCUAUAGGACCACAUUUAACAGCAGCCAGUUACAAGCUUUGGAACGUGUCUUUGAACGAACACAUUACCCAGAUGCCUUUGUAGGAGAGGACCUAUCAAGGCAUGUCAGUCUCAGUGAAGCCCAGGUCCAGGUUUGGUUUCAGAAUCAAAGAGCAAAAUUUCAUCGGAAUGAGCGAGCAAUGCUGGCCAGUAGGUCUGCUUCACUUCUCAAGUCCUACAGCCAAGAAGCAUCCAUUGAACAGCUCCUUACACCACUGAACCCUGAGUAUCUGCCAUGGACCUCAUCUUCACCCUACAGCACAGCUCCAUCAUACACAUCAUCUGCAUCAACUACAACCCCCCAGGGAAUGAACAUGGUUAACAGCAUUGCAAGCCUACGGCUUAAAGCCAAGGAAUUCAGCCUUCAUCAGAACCAAGUACCCAUUGUGAACUGGUACACACCACACUGAACUGGGGUAUAACUUGUUUGGAAUAUUAAAAUGAAAAAUAAAUCAACCAAAGAAGCUGGUGUUUCUAGCCCUUUUCAGGACUUGGGAGCUCUAAAACAAUGAAGAAA